CAGAUGGAUGCGGUUAAUUACAGGCUGGGGACUUGGAAGUCAAAAGCCUUGUAUUUAGGCACGUGAAAUUAAUAAAUCGGUACAGUUUAUAUAUAUAUAUAUAUGUAUAUAGCGUUUCCUUGCUUAAAAAAAAUAUAUUACUGGUCAAAGGGGAACCUGCUUCAGGCUACCCAUGGUGAGCUACCCCCCCAGGGAUACCAGGAGGUGAAGUCUCCAUCCCCACCUCCUGGAAAUCACGGCUUUCUGAUAAAAACCAACCCAACCCCAAACCCGCCCGUGCUCCUAUUUCCUCCCCUCUCACAAGCAGACCUCGCAGGGGGGCAGCGCGACUCGGCCGGUCCCGUCAGAGCCGCGGACAGCUCCGGGGACCCGGCAUCGCCUCACGAGCGGCGGCCCCCGCCUCAGGCACCUGGCGGCGCUCCCCGGCCGAGGGCCGGCCCGAGGGGACCCCCCGGUGCAGCCGCAGCUGGUGCCGCUGCCAUUGGGUUAAAAAUAGCGGCUUCCCUCCUCCUCCUCCUCCUCCUCCCCUCCCCCGGGCCCGGCUCCCGCUGCCGCCGCCACCGCCGCGCCCUGCCCCGGCCCGGUGCCCUCCGCCUCCAUUGCCCUCGGCCGGCCGGAGGCAGGCAGCGAGCAUGCAGCGGGCCGCGCUCUUCGGCGGCGGCGAUGCGCAGAUGGCCGCCGGCGACCUGGGCGAGCUGCUCGUCCCCUACAUGCCCACGAUCCGGGUGCCCAAGUCAGGGGACCGGGUCUACAAGACGGAGUGUGCCUUCUCCUACGACUCGCCCGAUUCAGAAGGAGGUCUCUAUGUGUGCAUGAACACGUUUCUGGGAUUUGGAAGGGAACACAUUGAAAGGCAUUACCGGAAAACAGGACAGUGUGUAUAUUUGCACCUGAAGCGACAUGUGAGAGAGAAGGUACCAGGGGCAUCUGGUGGAGCUUUACCAAAAAGGAGGAAUGCUAAGCUAUUUUUAGAUCUAGAGACAAAUGGUGAUCUGAACGGUGAUGACUUUGAAUACGAAGAUGAAGCAAAACUUGUUAUAUUUCCUGAUCACUAUGAAAUCUCAUUACCAAACAUAGAAGAAUUACCAGCACUGGUGACGAUAGCUUGUGAUGCACUCCUCAGCGCAAAAUCGCCCUACAGGAAGCAGGACCCUGACUCCUGGGAAGAAGAGCUACAGGCAUCUAAACAUGCCAAAACACUUGUACAGUUAGACAAUGGUGUUAGAAUUCCCCCUAGUGGUUGGAAGUGCUCAAAAUGUGACCUGCGGGAGAAUCUGUGGCUAAACCUGACAGAUGGUUCGGUGUUGUGUGGGAAGUGGUUCUUUGAUGGCAGUGGAGGGAAUGGACAUGCAGUGGAGCACUACAAGGAGACGGGGUAUCCCCUGGCAGUGAAGUUGGGAACCAUCACUCCUGAUGGAGCAGAUGUGUAUUCCUUUGAUGAAGAGGAGCCAGUUUUAGAUCCGCACAUAGCAAAGCAUUUGGCACACUUUGGGAUUGAUAUGCUGCAGAUGCAAGUGACAGAGAAUGGACUAAGAGAUAAUGAUAUAAAACCAAGAGUCUCAGAAUGGGAAGUGAUUCAGGAAUCUGGAGUGAAACUCAAGCCCAUGUAUGGCCCAGGAUAUACUGGUAUGAAGAACCUGGGAAAUAGCUGCUACCUCAAUGCUGUCAUGCAAACCAUUUUCAGCAUCCCAGAGUUCCAGAGAGCGUAUGUGGGAAACCUUCCAAGAAUAUACGACUACUCCCCUCUUGAUCCAACACAAGAUUUCAACACUCAGAUGGCUAAACUGGGACAUGGCCUCCUUUCAGGCCAGUACUCUAAGCCACCCAUGAAAUCUGACCUUAUUGAACAGGUGAUGAAAGAAGAACACAAGCCACAACACAAUGGAAUAUCUCCCCGAAUGUUUAAGGCUUUUAUAAGUAAAGGCCACCCAGAAUUUUCCUCUAAUAGACAACAAGACGCACAGGAGUUUUUCCUACAUCUUAUAAAUCUAGUAGAGAGGAACCCAGUAGGUUCAGAAAACCCCAGUGAUGUCUUCCGGUUCCUGGUGGAAGAACGCACACAAUGCUGCCAGUCCAGAAAGGUGCGCUACACAGAGAGGGUGGACUAUAUCAUGCAGUUACCUGUUGCAAUGGAAGCAGCAACAAACAAAGAUGAAUUAAUUGCAUAUGAACUGAAAAGGCGAGAAGCAGAAGCUGCAAGGAGAGCUCCACCAGAGCUUGUCCGUGCCAAGAUCCCAUUUAGUGCAUGCCUGCAGGCUUUUUCUGAACCAAACAACGUAGAGGACUUCUGGAGCAGCGCCCUUCAAGCAAAAUCUGCAGGAGUUAAGACUUCUCGUUUUGCUUCAUUUCCCGAGUACUUAGUUGUACAGAUAAAGAAGUUCACCUUUGGCCUUGAUUGGAUACCCAAAAAGCUUGAUGUUUCUGUAGACAUGCCAGACUUUCUGGAUAUCAACCACCUUCGGGCCACGGGUCUCCAGCCAGGAGAAGAGGAACUUCCAGACAUUGCUCCUCCCAUUAUCAUUCCUGAUGAUCCAAAAGAUCGUACGAUGAACCAUUUCAUGGAGUCUCUAGAUGUUGAUGAGUCUUCAGUUAUGCAACUGGCAGAGAUGGGUUUUCCUUUGGAAGCAUGUCGGAAAGCCGUGUACUAUACAGGCAACCUGGGUGCUGAAGUGGCUUUCAACUGGAUCAUUGCACAUAUGGAAGAACCAGACUUUGCUGAGCCAUUGGUUGUACCUGCGUUUGGAGGAGCCACUUCCAGUGGAGCGGCUGGGUUAGGGGCUGUUGGGCUGGAUAACCAGCCUCCUGAAGAGAUGGUUGCCAUUAUCAUUUCCAUGGGCUUCCAAAGGAACCUAGCAAUUCAAGCGCUGAAGGCAACAAACAAUAAUUUGGAGCGUGCACUGGAAUGGAUCUUCAGCCGCCCUGAACUUGAGGAAGAGAGUGAGCCUGCUUUGGACGUGAUGGAUAUGGAGAACCAUGCUAAUGCGAAUAUCCUUGCAGAGACAGGAUCAGAGGGACCCAGGAUCAAAGAUGGGCCUGGAAGAUAUGAACUGUUUGGGUUCAUCAGCCACAUGGGAACAUCCACAAUGAGUGGCCACUAUGUUUGUCAUCUCAAGAAAGAAGGAAGAUGGGUGAUUUACAAUGAUCUUAGAGUCUGUGCCUCAGAACGACCUCCGAAAGACCAGGGCUACAUUUAUUUUUACCACAGGAUACCAAGUUAGGCCUCAAAUCUAUUACCUGGCCUUAAGAAGCCAUAAGCCUUUUUAACCUGCCAAAAAAAGCAUCCAAGAAAAAAAAUCAAAGCCAACAAAAGACCCCUAACCCUUGGACUACCAAAAAGCAAAGGAAAACAUGGGAUAUUUAUAGUUUAUUUAAAAACAGUUAUUUGAUGCCUUCUUAAGCAUUAGAGGGAAAAAUUUUUAUCAGGUGAUGUAUAGUACCUUGUUUUAAAUUUAUACACCUUAAAGGAUACCUUAAGACCAUGCAGAUUACUGAUGGAGUUUGCAGCUAGUACAUGGAGAAAGCAGGAUUUUCAGAAUUGGACAAAACCAGACCAGUUCAGCCCAACUCCUGCGUGUUCAGUCUGUGCAUCCAUUGAAGACCAUGAAGAAAUAUUUGCAUCUGUGGUAACUGGGAGUCACUGUUUUCAGCCAGAGUCCAGACCACUUAAGGAAAUAAUACCACAUGUAAAGUUGGAGGGAGGGUGUGUGUGAGUGUUCUUCAGAGCAAAAUGUCUUAUUUGAGAUUAUUGUCAUUACAGUGAGAAAAGUCAGCUACAAUUACACCAGUCUUGUAGUGUUUCAUUUUGCAAUUUUGAUGCAUAAAACUAAGAAACUAAUGGAGAUGUCAGUGCCCUGUACAUUUUCUGCCAAAGAGAAAUAGUGGAUUUUAUUUUCACAGAGGUAGGUUUCUUCAUCCUCUCUUGAAUGUUUGUUUUGAAAGUUCUUCGAACAGAUUCAGGAUUACAAGUGGCUAAAAGAAGGAUUUUUUUCGGACUAUAAAAUUAAAUAGUGUGCUCUCAGGAAAAGCCUAUUAUUUUAUUUUAUUUUUUCCUAUGAAGGAGGUAAAGGAGGAGUUAUUGUCCCAUUAUAUUUAUUUCAGGAAAUUUGCAUCUAGCUCACUCACAUUCCAGCUGAAAUCAACUCCCUGACAAAGUACUUGCAGUGCCAUUCUUUCUGCCAAAGGCUGCUUAAGUAUUUAAUUCCAUCUACGAAUGGGGAAAAUUGCUUAGUAAAAUUGCUGUUAUAUUUAUUUAAUGAUUCCCUCCCCCCCCCCCCCCCCCCAAAAAAAAAAAAAAAGGCAAUACUUUCUCAUAAUGUUUCAGAUUUCUUGUAACUUGCAAUCACGCCGAUAAUCUGCUCUUUUACAGACACCUUCUAAAAAGGGGUUUUAUAUCUCUGGCAGGGAUGAAGGGUGGGUAGGUAGGGGCUGGCCUUUCCUGCCCCUUUUUUGUUUUUGUUUUAUUUUUUUUGUGUUAUUUCAGUUUGCAGCACAGGCAAGAAUAUAUAUAUGGGUUUUUAAAUUGUCAUUGCAAACAUUAAUUCUAGGAAAAAAAUACAAUGGUGAAUGUGAUACUUUUCGUGAUUCCAUAAACUACUAAAAGUUCAAAUUGUGUUAGCCACUGCUUAGAGAUGGUUGAAGGAGUUGCCUCAUGUAAGCUUACUGAGCCUUUGAAGUAAAUUGGAAAGGUCAAAACAAACAAAAAACCUUGCAGAAUAUGAGAGAAGCAGGGAGCUUUAAUUACAUUUUCUCUGCAGUACCUGCAAGUUUAAUAGAAAAAUUCAAGCAGCUACAAAAGAGAACCCGAUUUAAAAAUCUGGUUAUGAGCAGGGCAUUUUAUUUUUUUCCAGCAUUUGGGGGAAAAAAAUAAUCAUGCAGAGCCAAAAAAAAAAAAAAAGAAAGAAAAAAGUGUAUUUUUUGUCAGCUUCUGAUCUUAAGAAAUGAGAAAAAUCCUAGUGCAAUAAUUCUGUAAACGGUGCCUAAUUACUGGGAAAGCUUCCUCCAUUAAGCGCUCUUAUUGACACAAAAGCAUGGUGCUAUAGCACAUUAAGUGGCUCCUGUGAGAUUCAGCUGCUUUGUAAUUAUUAAGCCACCAGUUCUGGACAAAAUAAAAUCUGCCAGUAAUUUUCUUCCUUCCUCAAGGUUUUUGAGUAUUUGUGUAUCUCACCAGAAAAUGCCAAGUUUGAAAAUGGGAUCAGCAAAUUAUGCAGUGUCACAUCUUCAAUUUAAAGUGAAAGAACAAAACAUUCAUAUAUCUAUAUUUGUGCUUUAUCAUUCUGGCAGUGGGGAAAAAAAAAGGGACAAAAGAUGUCUUUUAUUUAUAUUUUUUUUGAAUGCCUAUUUAUAUCCCAAGGAAGUUCAACACAUCAGCUUCCCUCUUGCCUCAUAAUCUUAAAGGGCUAUUUAUAAACUAACAAGAUCUGAUGACUGUUACCUUUUUACUUAGAGACUCUGGGUAAGUAGAAGCCAACGGAGCUGUUAUCAUGUUCAUUAUUAAACUGGAAACGUGGCUGGUCUCAUAGGAUUAAGGAUGGAGCUUGGACUUGGGCAAACCAUUUGUCUGGUGCAUCCUAAAACAGGAAGAGCUGUGGGACUGAUACUGGUUUCAGCUGACAUGAGACACACUUAGAAAGGUGACAAACUGGAAACAAUAAAUGAAAGGGGAAGGGCAUUAUCUGGCUGCAGCAGGUGAGAGGUAGCACCUCGGCUUCUGAAGUUCUUUUCAGUUGAGCACUCUUGUGUACCGCCUGCCGAAAUGAGCGAGUGGGUCAGAAGUGUGGGGAGCAGUUCAGGGGAAAGGCUUACAGAUGGGCUAAAACCUAGCACUUGAAAAUAUCUGAAGUUCUUCAGGGCUUAGUGGAAUUCUUCUCUUCCCUCCCAAAGCAGAGGUUUUCCACCUUUUCCAAAUGAGCAGUUAAAUCAUUUCAGUUUUGUGAUGGGCUAUCAGGAGAAACAUAAUGAAUCUGGAGGAGCAGGAUGUCCACUCCUGACAAAGCUAUGGUUUAAAAACAAGUCUAGAUGGUUCUCGACUCCCAUCACUUGUAAUUCUGCUGUGCUCAGUGACUUUACUUCUAACCUGCACUGGUGGAACUGAAACCAGGAUCAGUUUCUUUGGCUCAGGCAGCCUCUGCUGAGUCGUAGCACACAUUCUGAAUGCGGAUGCAACUGGAGUUAUUAGAUUGUUUUAGAAACAUCUCCAUUCCUUUUGUAUUCCAUCCUGGCAGCAGCCAUUUUUAUCUCCAUUGCCGUUUUCAUGCAUUGAAAGACUAUGCAAAAUACAUAACUGGACAUCACUUUUUAUUCUGUUCCUAUCCCCCUGUCUACCUUAAUGGCUGAGAUCGGUUUCUGAUUUCUGUUCACUCUUCAGAGGUUUUACUGUUGUAUCCUUGAAGUGUCUGUACUGGUUUACUUUGCACCAUUCAGAGCUGUUUGCUUGGAGCACUGUUAACGUUUCGGAGAGUAUUUGGGAUGAGAAAGGUUGUGAAUGACGUUGUUGCAACUGUUUUAAAUUAAAAAGAAA